UUGUUUUAGGAGAGUGGGAAUGGGGAUAGGAUACAUAAAAGAUCUGUGAAAAAGGAAGCACUAGAACUAGCAGCAAGGUGGGGCUGCCUGGAUGUUCAGCCCUUCAUUUGAAUGCAAAUGUAAUUAUGAGGCAGGCAGUUACCCUGACGUCAGACUAGAUCUUGGUAAACCAUUACCACCAGCACCUGGUAAAAACAGUUGUUGAUAAUACAGGAUGAAGUAGAAGAUUCCAAGUAUAAUAUCAUUUAUUAAGAUCAGGAAUACAAUUUAAAAAAAAGAGUGAAAGAAAACAGGAUGUCUUAACCAGGUUCUUUCACCAGUUGCAACCAUCAUGUAUGUGAGUUAUCUUUUGGAUAAAGAAACCAGCAUGUAUCCAGGAUCCGUAAGGUGCAACAACAACCUACCAGUGCAAAAUUUUGUCUCGACUCCAUCCUAUUCAGAUUACAUGGGAUAUCAUCAUGUGCCAAGUAUGGACAACCAUGGACAGUCUUUGGGAGCCUGGGGAUCUCACUAUGGCACGCAAAGGGAAGACUGGAAUACUUAUGGCCCAGGACCCUCCAGCAUAGUUACUGCUGCACAAAUCAAUGGCUCGUCUCCUGGGCAGAUCUCCUACAGCUCUACUGAUUACAAUUCCCUGCAUCCUGCUGGAUCUGGAGUUUUACCUCCUGUAGAUACAAUUAACACAGAGCAAAUCUCUCCCAACAGUCAAAGGCACAGCUCUUAUGAAUGGAUGAGAAAAACGCAAUCUACCAGCUCAGGUAAAACAAGAACAAAAGAAAAGUACCGAGUUGUUUACACAGAUCACCAGAGACUAGAAUUAGAGAAGGAGUUUCAUUGCAACAGAUACAUUACAAUAAGGAGGAAGUCUGAGCUUGCAGCAAACCUGGGAUUAUCUGAGAGACAGGUGAAAAUCUGGUUUCAGAAUCGCCGAGCCAAGGAGAGGAAGAUGAUCAAGAAGAAAAUCUCUCAGUUUGAUGGCAGUGGGGGCUCAGUUCAGAGUGACUCAGGUUCAGUCAGCCCAGCUGAGAUGUCUAACUCUCUAUUCCCGCCACCACAUGCAGUAAAUGGAUUACAGCCCAUUGAGAUACAGCAGGUCAUAGUCUCAGAAUGAA